AUGGAGCCCGGCGGGGACCACCGGAGCCGCAGCAGCAGCAGCAGCGGCGGCGGCCCGGGGCCAGCAGUGGCCUCGGCGCGGGGCCGACGGCUGCCGCCCGCAGGAUCGAGCGGCGGCGGCGGCGGCAGCGGCAGCGGCGGCGGCGGCGCCGACCCCGAGGAGGAGAACGACGGCGGGCCAGAUCUGCAACUGGAAGGGGGUGCCUUGGGGUCCUGGGGGAGUGCCCCCCUGCCUUCCUCUAGGGCCAGGGGCCCCGCCUCUUCUGGCAGGAAAUACUCAGACCACUGCGAGGCCCGGGCCUCGAGGCCGGGCAAGAGCCGCAUCCCGGGCCGCGACCACCGGCGCUACUACCACGACCACUGGCGGCUGGAGUACCUGAUGGACUUCAACCCUGCGCGGCACGGCAUGGUGUGCAUGGUGUGCGGCAGCUCGCUGGCCACGCUCAAGCUCAGCACCAUCAAGCGCCACAUCCGCCAGAAGCACCCCUACUCCCUGCACUGGAGCCCUCGCGAGAAGGAAGUUAUCAGCAACAGCUGGGACGCCCACCUGGGGCUGGGGGCCUGCGGCGAGGCCGAGGGCCUGGGGGCGCAGGGACCAGAGGAGGAGGAGGAGGAGGAAGAGGAGGAGGAGGAGGAGGGGUCCAGCCUCCAAGCUUGUCCACCCAAGGGCCCAGGCAAAGCCCCUGCUGCGGGGGGCUGCCGGCGUCCAGGGGCAGCGCAGCGCUCCCCGAGGGCCAGGGCCAGCAGGGGGCUGGGGGCGCAGCGCCUGGAGUGGAGGCUGAAGGAGUCGCUGCAGAGCUGGUUCCGGGCGGAGUGUCUCAUGGACUAUGACCCGCGGGGGAACAGGCUGGUGUGCAUGGCCUGUGGCCGGGCGCUGCCCAGCCUGCACCUGGAGGACAUCCGAGCCCACGUGCUGGAGGCCCACCCCAGCUCCCUGGGGCGCAGCGGCCCCCAGCGCAGCGGCCUGCUGCAGGCCUGGGGUGGCCAGCCCCCCGAACUGGCGGAGCUCGUCCAGCCCCCACCAGACGAUGACCUCGCCCCCCAGGACCUGACCAGAAAGAGCCGGCACUCGGCCCCCGCUGCUGGAGCCCCCUCCUCUCAGAAUCUCAGCCCCUCAGAUGUAAAGGAAGAGGCUGGCUGGGCCCCUGAGAGGUCCGGGCCGGCUGAGGAGGCGCGGGCGCAGGAGGCGCAGGAGGAGGAGGAGGAGGAGGAGGGCCAGGGGGCGGGAGGCCGCCGCUACAAGGAGCGCUGGCGGCUGGAGUACCUCCUGGAGCUGGACGGCGGCCGGCGCGGCCUCGUGUGCCUGGCGUGCGGGGGCGCGCUGGCCUCGCUCAAGAUGAGCACGAUCCAGCGGCACAUCCGCCGGCGCCACCCGGCCUCGGCGCGCCUCGGCGGGCCCGCGCAGGCCCUCGUCGCCCGGGAGUGCAGCAGCAAGGCCGCCCGCCAGCCCGCAGCCCCGGCGCUGCCCGGCCCCGAGUCGCCCCGCCGCCCCCGGCGCCCCGCCGCCCCCGGCGCGGCCGCAGCCUCCGAGCAGGGGGGAGGGCCCGAGGAGGAGUGGUGGGGCGACAACCGGCUCUCCCCCGGCGCUGCGUUCGAGCGGCCUGCUGAGGAAGAGGAGGAUGAAGAGGAUGGCCAGGAGCCCGGGGGACUGGCUUUCCCGCCCCUGCCGCCGCCUCCGCCGCCCCCGCCGCCGCCCCCGCCGCCCCGCAGCCGGGAGCAGCGGCGGAACUACCAGCCGCGCUGGCGGGGCGAGUACCUGAUGGACUACGACGGCAGCCGGCGCGGCCUGGUGUGCAUGGUGUGCGGGGGCGCGCUGGCCACGCUCAAGGUGAGCACCAUCAAGCGGCACAUCCUGCAGGUGCACCCCUUCUCCAUGGACUUCACGCCCGAGGAGCGCCAGACCAUCCUGGAGGCCUACGAGGAGGCGGCGCUGCGCUGCUACGGCCACGAGGGCUUCGGGCCGCCGGCCCCGGCGCCUCGCGACGGCGGGGCGGACCUCAAGCCGGGCGCUGUGUGCCGGGCGUAG